UACGAGGCGUUGCAUCGAUCAGUUGGGUUCGGUCGGGUUCGGUGUCUCACCGUGUGGUUCCGGGAUAGCACAGUCAAGCGAAGGAAGGAGCGUCCGCGCGCGGCACCCUUAUUAAUCUUGUCCGGGCUAGCCGGGUACCUACAUGUAGUUCCUUCGUGGUGGCGUUCGAAUAUCUGUGAUAGCGAGAGGCGUGUGUGAGAAGCUGUGAGUGCAAUCGUCGGUGUGUGAAUAAGUGAAAUCAAGAAGACGGAGCACGUGUCCGGUGUUGCCUUCACUCUGUAUUCGCCACCGUCGUUGAUGUUCCUCGCGGCGACCGAUCAAGAAGAAGCUAUGGAAAUCUAAUUAGUGUAAACAAUCGAGCCCUUAGUGGAGAAGCAAUUAGUUACUAGUGAGAUCAAGUGAGCCCGAAAAAGGCAGUGUGAAGAAUCCUUAACAAAUCUCAGAGCAGCUCGAUAAAAAAAAUAGUGUUAAAAUGCUAGUGCCCCCGGAGAUGAUUGCCGUGCAAUCGAAGCUCAUCUAUCAGAUGAAUAAGUACUGCGCCGAUCGGGUACAAGCCCGGAAGGCGCAAAUCCACAAAACAAUUCAGGAAGUGUGCCGAGUCGUGCAGGACGUCCUCAAGGAGGUGGAAGUCCAGGAACCUCGCUUCAUCUCGUCGCUGAACGACUACAACGGCCGAUUCGAUGGGCUGGAAGUCGUUUCGCCGACGGAAUUCGAAAUCAUAAUCUACCUCAACCAGAUGGGUGUGCUGAACUUUGUAGACGAUGGUACCCUGCCGGGAUGUGCCGUCCUCAAGCUCAGCGACGGUCGAAAACGUUCCAUGUCCCUCUGGGUCGAAUUCAUCACCGCUUCCGGUUAUCUAUCGGCCCGCAAGAUACGAUCCCGCUUCCAGACUCUGGUGGCACAGGCCUGUGAUAAGUGUGCGUACCGGGACUCCGUCAAGAUGAUUGCCGACACCACCGAAGUCAAACUGCGGAUACGGGAACGGAUUAUAGUACAAAUCACGCCGGCAUUCAAAUGCGCCGGACUGUGGCCACGGUCAGCGUCACAUUGGCCACUGCCGCAGAUACCGUGGCCCCAUCCGAACAUUGUUUCCGAGGUGAAAACCGAAGGAUUCGAUAUGCUGUCGAAGGAGUGCGUAGCGCUGCAGGGCAAGAACUCGGCGAUGGAAGGCGACGCGUGGGUGCUCAGUUUUACCGAGGCCGAGAACAAACUGCUACAAGGCGGCUGCCGGCGGCGGUGUCUCAGCAUCCUGAAAACCCUUCGCGAUCGGCACCUGGACCUACCGGGCAAUCCGGUGACCUCGUACAUCAUGAAAACCCUGCUGCUGUACGAGUGCGAGAAGCACCCGCGCGAGAUGGAAUGGGACGAGAACUGCAUGGGCGAUCGCAUCAAUGGCAUCUUCCUGCAGCUGAUCUCCUGCCUUCAGUGCCGUCGCUGUCCGCACUACUUCCUACCGAAUAUGGAUCUGUUCAAAGGGAAAUCCCCGGGGGCGCUGGAAAACGCUUCCAAACAGGUCUGGCGACUGACUAGGAUUAUGCUCACCAACUCGCGAUGUCUCGAGGAACUGUAGAUGAUGAUCAGAGUGCUAGGGAAUGAUGAACAAGGUAAACAAGAGAGCGAGUGUUUCGUACUAGUUAAUGGAAAAAAAAGUCCUCUAAAUUAUGAACAAAAACUACUCAGUAUACUUAUAUUAUUGUGUAAUGGAUAAUUAUUAAAAAUAAACUUCAAGCAACCGCGUAAAUUUAAUAACUUAUGUCUAACCAUUGAGAAAACGACGUAUACCUACUUGUAGUGAAUAAUCAAUGCAAAUCGUGGAUAAAUAGAAAGACACAUUCACAGAAAAAUCAAAAUUCUCA